GUUUUUUAGUUUUUUUGAAAAUCGUCGAAUAGGGACAAAAUAAUUUAUAAUAAAAGAAAACUUGUACAAAACAAACAAAAUUACAAUGAAAUAAAGACCAGUGUCUUAUUAAUACAACUGGGACGUCUUAACACUUUGUGAGCUUUACUAAAAGUAAACCUGCAUUCAAUUGCAUUAUUCUAAAAUACCAAAUUUAGGCUACAGUUUGUUGCUUAACGGUUUUAUUUAAAUGCAUAAGUAUAUGCAUAUCCAUAUGUACAUGCGUGUGUAUGUUAUACAAACAAUUUAUAACACAACAAAUGUUUAAUAUAUCUAUGUACAUACUUCUUCACCUUAACUGUAUUUGUAAAAAAAAUUUUUUAUAAGUAUGUAUUCAACAUAUAGCCGAAUAUGCAACUCCCGGUGUAAAUUUGAAAUUUUAUUUAAGUUGUUAUUGCAGCAAGAAAAUACCCUUUACAAAAAAAGAUUUUCAUCCAAGAACUUCACUUUGAUCGUUCAGUUUGAAUUGCAGCUACAUACAUACAUAUGUAUGUAUAUGCUAUAGUGAUGCGAGCUGAACAAUUUCUUCUUAGAUUAUAACGUUGCCUUCUCAAAUAAAAUAGUUUUCCAUUAAAGGGCUUGAUUUUGAUCGUUCAAUUUGCAUGUCUGUUUAUUCAUAGUUUACUAUAAUCUCGAAUAAUACUAAGUUUUCGCUAGGAACCUAUAUGUACAUAAGUACAAGUAUAUUGGCAUAUUUAUUUAAUAAAAAACUGUCAAGUUGAGAUUUCAAAAUUUUUUGGUUAUUUUAUAAUUGUCUUUUAAAUUGAAAAUAAAUAAAAUUUAAAUGUCUUCUGGACAAACGCCCAGACCCAUAAGCAAUACGGCACCAGCACCAGCGGGUAGGAAUCGACAACAACCAACUCCAACCCCACCAUCAACGACAGCAGCUCCUCCAGUUGCAAAUACCACAAACACCACUGCACAAGCUCACGCUACACCACCGACUCCUCCAACAACGCCUGUAAAUCGUUCGCCACAGACAAUAUCUCAGCCAUUAGCAAGUACCGCGGUACAGCCCACACAAGUACACCCAAUACCUAGAAUCCAUCCAUUACCCCCAGUUACCCCGCCAAACACUCCUGCUGGAGAAAACGUAAAUGAAUUAAUAAUAAUAACCGAAAGUGCUACCUACAAUAAACUUUUGAGUGAUGUGGGAAAUAAAUAUUUACUAGUUGAAUUUUAUGCACCUUGGUGUGGCGCUUGUAUGCUUAUAAAUAGGAAACUCGAAGAACUUGCAGUAUCAUAUUGUGGUAAAUUGAUCAUAGCGAAAGUUAAUAUCGAUGAUUGCGAACAAAUCGCUAUUGACAACAAUGUUAGCAUGAUGCCUUCGUUUAUGUUGUUAAAAGAUAAUCAAGUUUUGGAAAAGUUUGCCGGAAGCAGUGAAGAGAAGUUACUGAGUAUUAUACAAAAAAAUGUGGGAGACCCAACGAAUGUCAUUAGUGACCCACCAACCACAAAUCCAACAACAGCUGGACUAUCACAGCAAAGAAUACCUAUGGAAUCGACUGCACAAAUGGCUCAAGCUUCCCCAUUGGCGCCAACUUAAUCGAAAUUGAUACAUUUUUAAUAAUAAAUACAUAUUAUGUUUGAAGCCCGGUUGUUAAUAAUGUUGUACAUUUGAUGUAAUUAAAUUUCCUUUGACCAAACUACACUUUGCUAAAGAAACAAAAAAUUGCUCUUUAAAUUCACAACCACACUGUUCAGAUUUUUCUGUUAAAGGGCUGAAAAUAUUGAAAAUAAACUUUCAAACAAAAA